AAACAGAUGCUGGUGGAGUCAGUGACGUCGACUCAGCUACAGGCAGACUCACAACCCACUGCUGCAAGGCAGACGACCAAGAAGAAGAAGAAGAAGAAGAAGAAGAAGAAGAAGAAGAAGAAGAAGAGGUGAUCUGAGAGAAAAUGAGCACACAGGGCCAGGAGGAGAAGAGAUACGACCCCAGUGACACCACUCUGAAGUUCGUCAACAGGCCGGAUGAUCUGGAUGCUUUCCCUCCGGAGGAGGGAGACCAACGUCUCCGAGCAGAGAUGUCCUGCGGUCACGCCGUCACCCCGGAGUCCCUCACCGCCUGGUGCCGCAGCCUGCUGGACCAGGGCCAGCAUACAUUUAAGUGUCCUGCUUUAAAAAAGGGCACUUUGCAAAAGUGUGAUAAAGAGUGGCCUUAUCAAGAGGUGCGCAGGCUGGCAGUGCUGACAACUGAAGAGAUGCAAUACUUCGAGGAGAAGAUCGCCCGUCUGGCUGCAGUAAAAUACUGUGACUUCAAAAACUGUCCCGGCUGUAAAACCUUUGUGGAGCGAGAGGACCCGACUAACCUCAACGUGCGGUGCACAGUGUGCACGGCGGACAAGAAGCAGGUUUACCACUUCUGCUGGCAGUGUCUGAAGGAGUGGAAAGGAGCAGCUCCGCGCUCCGACCGCUGCGACAACGACGGCUGCAUCAACCACGACCUGGAGGUGCUGAAGACCUGCAGCACCACGGCCCUGCCUCAGGUGCAGGGGGUGGACGCCUGUCCCUCCAUCCGGGCCUGUCCCACCUGUGGCCAGAGGCUGGAGCACGACAAGACGGGCUGCAAGAACCUCAUCUGUCCCCGCUGUCUGAAGGAGUUCUGCUUCGUGUGUCUGAAGCUCACUCCUGAGUGCCUGAAGACCAGCUCCUACUUCAUCUCCUGCAGUGACGGCGUGGCUCCCAGACAGACCUCCAUACCUGUGUGGCGCAGAAACUAACACACAUCUUCCCUCCUCGGGAUGCCGUUUACUGCCUUCUUCUCUCACACUCUCACACUCUCUUUGCUUCUGAAGCCAAACGUCAACACUUGUGGCCUGAUUUCUUCAUCUACAUCAGUAGUUCUCAACCUUUUUGAUUCUCGACCUCCAAUUUAACGUGCAUGUUGUCUCACUGAACAGAAUCUAAAAGUUCAGAUCAGACAAACUCAGUUGACAUGACGGAUUUUGGACAAAAAGACACAAAAUUGCCCAAAAAAGAAACAAAAUUACCAAAAAAAGACACAAAAUGGCCCAAAAAAGAAAUAAAAUGACCAAAAAGACACAAAAUGACCACAAAAUGAUCAAAACAGACACAAAAUGACCAAAAAAGACACAAAAUGACCCAAAAAAGACACAAAAUGGCCCAAAAAAGAAAUAAAAUGACCAAAAAGACACAAAAUGACCAAAAAAGACACAAAAUGACAAAAAAGACACAAAAUGGCCCAAAAAAGAAACAAAAUUACCAAAAAAAAAGACACAAAAUGACCAAAAAAGAAAUAAAUUGACCAAAAAAGACACAAAAUGACAAAAAAGACACAAAAUGACAAAAAAAAAAAAAAAACACUAAAAUUACCAAAAAAGACAUUAAAUGACCAAAAAGACUAAAACACAUGAACACUUUAACACAGUGGAGACAGAGCUGACUUCCAAAAUGAUUUGGUGACCCCCAGAAAUAAUCUCGCGACAAAAAAAGACACAAAAUGGCCCAAAAAAGAAAUAAAAUGACCAAAAAGACACAAAAUGACCACAGAAUGAUCAAAACAGACACAAAAUGACCAAAAAAGACACAAAAUGACCAAAAAAGACACAAAAUGACAAAAAAGACACAAAAUGGCCCAAAAAAGAAACAAAAUAACA